AUGCUCAUCGUAGCGGGAAGAAUGGGUGGUAGUAGCAGGAGCCGCCCUCUGACCAAUCCACCUGAUGGAGGAGUACCUAUGUCAUUAAUCUCCUCCACAGACUUCGUUUCCUCUUCUUCCUUUUCAUCCCGCAUCCUCUUCAACAACUACAGUCGCACCUUUUCUUGGUCAUUCCCAGCGAUACGGGCCGCGAACUUCAUCGGAAGACAGCUCCUCAACUUCACAAUGGCGGGCUCCGGUGAUCCUCCGCAUGGCCCUGCCGACUUUUCCGUGGGGAGUCGAUGUCCCAGAUUCCAGGAACCGAACGGCUACCUCGUGGCACCUUUCCUCAGGCGUGGAUGCAAUCGAGUUCUCACAACUCCGACUGCAAACAGGACUUUUCAAAAUCGGUAUUUGGUUGGAAUGAGCUCACAAGGGUACCCGGCACUGAUGCGCCUCCAUUCUCGAAAGAAGAACGACAUCACAACUGACGACCUCAAACCUAACUUCAAUUCGUGUGUCUUGACAUCCGUGCCACGGUCAGCUACGUUGUACUACACCACCCGUUGGAUCCCACUCAACACUCCUUUCGGGGUUGACCGCCUUGGAGACGUGAAGCGCGCAAUCGCUGGAAGGGCCUUCAAGCUGCAGGACUCGAACAUCAACACGGAAGAGGAGUACAGCCGAGAGGUUGCCGCUACAAAAUCUUUGAACCUCGACGGCCUCGAAGUCAAGCCUGGCCCUCACCCUUUGGACAGUGUGAAAGCAGUCGAUGACUUCCAGAAUGCCAACCCGACAACCUAUAUCACGCGAAUCCAGACCAUCUACGCGGCGCUGGUGUACUUUUGGAUUGUGAGCGACGACUCCAAGCGACUAGAGGCAGGUCGCCAAGCUUCCUGUCCACUUCCUCACGUCAAAAUGGGUCCUUUUAUUACUUACUUUCCAACCUACCUCAAGUUUCACGAGCUGUUCCGACUUGGGGCUUACUGCCACCCAUUUGACCUCAUCGAUGAGUUCUACCGUCGGGACCAAGGGACUCACUCGGACUAUACCGUGAAGGGAGAUUCCUGGGACACAGCAUUUGAGGAUUUGAAGACCUUUGAAGAUGGUCCUUUCGCCUUUUUGAGUCCUGCAAUGCAGGAAGGGUCCGCCCUUGCCGGCCCAUUCCUACCCAUCGACUGGACUCUGCACGAAGUACACCAUUACAUGGGCUUGGCUCAAUUUGGGGUAUCGGACUACCUGGAAUGCCCGCAACGCCAGCCUCUUCAGCCCCAGUCGACUUUCGCGAGUGUCAACUCUCCACCAAACAUCGCCAGUGGCAUGACUACGAUGAUGCAUUCACAUAUGCCCGACAGUUGGCUCUCUGUUUCGUCUGAUCUCAAUCGAAAUACCCUCGCCGGGAUCCUUUCUGGCACUACUUCCACCAUCCCCAUCCGUCAUAUUGGGGUCAAAUUGGGAAACUCUACGGUCAAUGCCAACCCAGGAUGGACGUCGCAUCUUCCAGGCAAAGAAGGUCUUCUUUGCCGAGUGGGACAUGUUCAUGUGAUAUCCAACUUCAACGUGAGCCCGAAUAGGAUUGCUGGCGACAGAGCUCGAUUUACCCAAAAAACCGGCAGCUCUCUAAGCUCGAAGUUCCUUACCAGCUGGAACACUGUCGUCUCGUUUGGGAGCCCCAUUGAACAUCCAGAUUUUCUCUCUUCCCCAACUUCCAUGCCUUGGCGAGACAUCAAAAUGAAGGUUGACUCCAUUGAGGCUCGAACUCGGGCUUUAAUUGCGGAAAAGUCUUGCGAAGUUGAUGCCACCAGCUCGAAGGUUCAUUCUCUAGAAAAGAACGCGAAAAGUCUCCAAAAGAGCAACAAGGGUCUCGGAAAAGAAAACAGGCCUCUCGAGAGGGACAAAAGGUCUCUUGAAAACAGGCUCCGGAUGUUAAACCCUCAACUCAAGUCACACCGUGUUGCUUGUCGUACGGAAAUGGAAGCAACAGUCGAUAAAUUUCAGUCUCUGGCGGACCGACGCUUGGCGGAAAUCGGAGUACCUACAGCGGAACCUGCUCGAGCUGUACCUCUAGAUUUGAACAGCGGGACCUCGACCGCACCCUCAGCUGGAGAAGUAGGCAGCCGAGGUCUACGAGAGCAACUUGCUGAUACAGAAAGGCAGCUGUCCCUGAGCACCACCAAAAUCAAGACACUGGAAGAACAAACAAAGGAGCUGAAGGAGAGGCUUGUUCAAGCGCAUAGGGCUCAUCUUGAGACUCAAAUUGUCACUCAGUCCAUCGACGACCUUAAGGAAGAAAAGGCUUCUCUCAAUGAAUCCAUUAAGAAGAAACAGAACAAGAUUUUGGAGAUGGGAAUGGAGAUCCGAGACUUUAGCGACCGUCAAUAUCAGGGUCAGCUUUUGGAACGCCUUCAGAACGAGUUGGAGAAGGCUCGGGUGCUUAUGAGUGAGAAUGUUGAGUUACGCGACAACCCGGAAGUCCUUGAGGCAGAAAUCGGCUCCGCCAGCGAAAAUGAAGUUUCCGAUGAACUCAAUCUUAGAGUCAGCGGAGAGGAUCUUCUCAACAAGUUGAACGAAAUGAGCCGAUCGAGCCUAAAGCGGAAGGUUGAACAUGACCUCUUUCAUGACAGUGGCUCCAACAAGAGAAUGCGGCCAUCAACUGAAGUCGACUACUCCAGCUUCGAAGACCCAAGCCUCAAGGGAAUAACCCAGUACAACUCCAUUACCCACAAUGAGGUCCUUCGGAUUGCUGGAACUGGGGGCCUCAUCAACCCAAUGCAUUUUGACGUCACAAAGACCGGUACCAUUGCUCUGACCAAACUCGGGUUGGAGAGAGCAAAUCUCUUUGCCACCUUCAAAUCGCAACCCGACUUGAUUCGACGCUGGACAGAGAAAAAGGCAACUGAAAUCUCCAACAAGGUCCGGAAACUGAUGGACAAGUCCGGCUUUUUCACUUGUGGGCACAUUGCUCUUCUUGAGCUCAAAAAGGGGCUUCAAGAUGGAGGAGAGAUGGACCCUGGGAGCCUGGUUGAUGCACUGAAUGAGAUGAGCGCCCGGACACUCCAUAUGCGUGAGCAGUUAGCGGAGUACAUUUCAGAGUUCCAGAUUGGACUCGAAGCUGAAUGGACCGAGGAAAACACCAGGAAGCUGAAGCCGUUCCUCAUAUCUCUGUAUUCGACAUACGACGAUCGCCAACUUGGGUUCAACACGAAGUUUCUUCUGGCAGAUAUGAGGAUUGGUGCUCCCAGGGAUAGAAUGCUCCAGCAUAUUCAGCGUAUUGCCAAUUCCUAUCACAGCUUGGUGUGCGUGUCAGAAUAUGUUAGGAUGGAAUCUCGAAUCCCAGGGCACUACCUGGUGCCAACUGCACCAUGGGAGAGUGUUGCAGGCGAUGGAGAUGAAGAGUUCAGAACUGAGUCCCGGGAAUAA